AUUUAUUUGAUGCAGUGACUCCGAAGCUGUUACGCUAAAAGCUUCCAGGCAAAAAGGAUCUCUUCUCUCACAAUUUUUCUUUUCCACAGGAGAAACCCAAAGCACCCACCCACCCGUUGAAACAUCCUUUCCAUCACGAUGAUGUCUGCUCAAUCGUCUACCAUUAUUGAAACUUUGAAGGAAGUUACACGCCUCAACAAUGAGGGAGUGCGCUUCCUCGCCAUUUGCCAUCCUUCCGAAGCUCACAAACGCUUCAAGGCUGCUUUGGCCAUGGUGAACACUCACUUGGGUGCUUCCGAGGACUUUGUGUUGGAUGCUGCUCCUGGUGUCGGCGCCCCUCAGUUGGCUACCCUUGCCGUUCCAGGCAUGGAAGAUGAUACCUUCUACAUCCACAAUCAAGCUCUCGCAUUCAACCUCGAAAUGUUUGGAUCCCCCGAAGACUUCCAAAUGGCAAGCUCUUUCUUGGUCUUCAACCUCGCUCUCUCGUGCCACCUCGGGGCCAUGAAGACGUCCUCGGAGCCCACUGCGAGAACGGCUUGCCGCCUCUACGAGAUGUGCGCUAACCUUGCUUUGAGUGAAGAGGCUUCCACUGCAGAACUUGACUGUUUGGCUUCCUCUCUGGCCGUGGCCUCCAUGAACAAUGUCGCUCAGCUCACCUACCGUCUUGCAGGAAACGCACCCAAAGCUGUGGAGAUCUUGAACAGCCUAAACCCAAGUCCAGAGCUGACUCAAACUUCCUACAUGAGUCCAGAGCAAUUGGACGAAAUCAUCCUCAACAUCUGCACCAUCAUGGCUACACCCGUGGUCGCAGCAUCUGCUGCCUAACUGGGCUGCACCCAGCACUGCGGUUUUCCGUGUACAUAAUCAGACUGGCAGGCGAUACCGGUAUGCAUGCAUCGGGGAAGAAUCCAAAUAGAUCAGUAAAUCAUUACUAUUAGACCACAUACAGUACUUAUUUCUAACUUUUUUAAAGAAACGAAGU